GCUCCGAGCAGGGCGUGGCUUGUCGUGGCGGCGGGGAGCCCGCCACCCUUCCCCUCGGUUCGCAGCCGGCCCUCGCAGUCCCUCCGCAGUGCCUCUGCGCGGAAGGUGCGGGGCCGCCCGCCCCAGGAGCCUGGUGGCCCGGCGCUCGCGGUCACGGAAGCGGCGGGGACCCAGACAGUCGGAGGACGCCGGGGGCCUGGAGAGAGCGCUCUCGGAGCUGACCUCGGAGACCGACGUGCCGGUGGUGUUUGUGCAGCGGCGAGAGAUAGGCGGCCUCGGUCCAACCCUGAAGGCUUAUCAGGAGGGCAGACUUCAAAAGCUACUAAAAAUGAAUGGCUCGGAGGAUCUUCCUGAGUCCUAUGACUAUGACCUCAUCAUCAUCGGAGGCGGCUCCGGGGGACUGGCAGCAGCUAAGGAGGCAGCCAAAUACAACAAGAAGAUAUUGGUCCUGGAUUUUGUCACUCCAACCCCCCAUGGAACUAGAUGGGGUCUCGGAGGAACAUGUGUGAACGUGGGCUGCAUACCUAAAAAACUGAUGCACCAGGCAGCUUUGUUAGGACAAGCCGUGCAAGACUCUCGAAACUAUGGUUGGAAGAUCGAGGAGACGGUUAAACAUGACUGGGAUAAAAUGACGGAAGCCGUACAGAAUUACAUCGGCUCCCUGAACUGGGGCUACCGGGUUGCUCUGCGGGAGAAAAAAGUCACCUAUGAGAAUGCAUAUGGAGAGUUUGUAGGUCCUCAUACGAUUAAGGCAACAAAUAACAAAGGCAAAGAAAAAAUUUAUACAGCAGAGAAAUUUCUCAUUGCUACUGGCGAGAGGCCACGGUAUUUGGGCAUCCCUGGUGACAAAGAGUUCUGCAUCAGCAGUGAUGAUCUUUUCUCCUUACCUUAUUGUCCGGGUAAGACCCUGGUGGUUGGAGCAUCCUAUGUCGCCUUGGAAUGUGCUGGCUUUCUUGCUGGCAUUGGUUUAGAUGUCACUGUUAUGGUACGAUCCAUCCUUCUGAGAGGAUUUGACCAGGAUAUGGCCAACAAAAUUGGUGAACAUAUGGAGGAACAUGGUGUCAAGUUUAUAAAACAGUUUGUACCAAUAAAAGUUGAACAAAUUGAAGCAGGGACACCAGGCCGACUCAGGGUGGUAGCUCAGUCCACCAGUAGUGGUGAAACCAUCGAAGGAGAGUAUAAUACGGUAUUGCUGGCAAUAGGAAGAGAUGCUUGCACAAGAAAACUUGGCUUAGAAACUGUGGGGGUAACGAUAAAUGAAAAGAAUGGAAAAAUACCUGUCACAGAUGAAGAGCAGACCAACGUGCCUUAUAUCUAUGCCAUCGGCGAUAUACUGGAGGGAAAGCUCGAGCUCACCCCAGUAGCAAUCCAGGCAGGGAGACUGCUGGCUCAGAGGCUCUAUGCUGGCUCCAAUGUCAAGUGUGACUAUGAAAAUGUUCCAACGACUGUGUUUACUCCUUUGGAGUAUGGCGCUUGUGGCCUUUCUGAGGAGAAAGCUGUGGAGAAGUUCGGGGAAGAAAACACUGAGGUUUACCAUAGUUACUUUUGGCCGUUGGAAUGGACGAUUCCAUCAAGAGAUAACAAUAAGUGUUAUGCAAAAAUAAUCUGUAAUAUCAAAGACAAUGAACGUGUGGUCGGCUUCCACGUUCUGGGUCCAAAUGCCGGAGAGGUUACGCAAGGCUUUGCUGCCGCGCUCAAGUGUGGACUGACCAAGCAGCAGCUGGACAGUACCAUCGGGAUCCACCCCGUCUGUGCGGAGGUAUUCACGACUUUGUCGGUGACCAAGCGCUCUGGGGGAAACAUCCUCCAGGCCGGCUGCUGAGGUUAAGCCCCAGUGUGGACGCUGCUGCCGACACUCCAAGCCACUGCUCUCUUAACCUGCCCAAGUCCAAGGCGAAGUUUUCAGCAAGGGCCAUGGGCUUUGGCACCUGCAUGCCCUGUGCUUCUGGCAGCCAAGGCCCCCUUGGAUCUCUCGGGUAGAAGGUGGUGGAUGGAUGGCAGGUGGCGUCGCACUGGGGUCACCAUGACGGACUGGAGCUGACAUUCGGCAGCGCGUCGGAGGGCGCGUCCAUGAAGUCACCGGCCCCAAGCCCCCGCGGUGGGCGGUGAUGGAACCAGUGCCGAGCAGCGUUAGCGCGACCUUGCCUUUCUGGGUCUGCUCAUUCUCGUCGUUUUGCUUUCUCUUUCUUGUUGAUUACUCUUUCCCUUUUCUUUUCCUCCAAGGUGGUCAUGAUUACUAGAGAUGGGAAAUGUUAGCAGUCGAUUCUUGUCCCAAAGCAAGUCUUGUCUAGAGUAUGCAGGUAACGGCCUCGCACAUGAGAGGCACGAUUCGGUCACUCGGAGGCUGCAUAGGCUUGUCCCGUUGAAAGACUACGGUCCCAAGAGUCCAGUGUCCUGUUUUACGUGACUCACCUUUUGAGCAGCAUCUCCCCUGCUGUGUGUCCUGUGUCCACAAGCAAGGACAUUUAUGAUUGAAUCUGGCCAGAUUUGGCCCGUGUGCUGCAUCGCCGGUUGUUAGGAGCUGUAAUUCCGUUUAGGAAGGGCGGGGGCGCUGUAACGCGGGACCUGGACCCCCGCCAGUACUGCCCCUGCAGGCGGACGUGCGCCUCAGGUGGGGAAAAACAAUACGUGGUCGCCUGUUUUUAGCUUAUUGUAUGUUGGUCUAAGAGAGCUCUUUUGCAAUAAGAAACAUUGAACUUGUGUAAAACUUUUUUUUUUGUAACUUUUAGCUUUAAGUUAAACACAAAAUAUCACGUCGUACUUUUCAUGUGUGCUACGUAUCUGUCCCUUCCUGAGAACCACAUUCAUAAGAGAAUAGGCCUUCCCACACUUAGGAUUUAACGCUUUUGUGGUAAUUGCUUUUUUAAGGAAACUAUUAAUAUCGUAAGUUAUUAUUUUUGAACACAGGUGGAUGUGAAGGAUUUUCAUUGAAAAACCGAAUGUUUUUGACCUUUUCUGUUGAGUGAAUGACCGUUGGCGGCGGAAGUGUCGGAGCCCCGUCGGCACCCACCUUGUAUUCUUACAGAGGGAUUGCUCUGCCGCCCUAGGUUUCUGCGGGAACGUGCUGUUCCAGGGGUCCGUGGAGGCUUCUCUUUCUCUGAGUUGGCUUUUAAACUUGUGCCGUGGCCACUAGGCCACCCGUCCGCAGGCCUCCAGCCCCCCGUCACCCCUCCCCCGCUGGGUCUCCAGCUCCCCUGUCACCCCUACCCCGCUGGGUCUCCAGCGGCUACCCCAAGUGCUUGGUUCAAAGUACAUUUCGUGGUCACCUCAGGGACCUUCUGCGUCUGCCUGGCUCUCCGUCAGCAGAGCGCCUGCCCCUGCCCCGCAGGGCGCUGCCUCCCGCCAUCCCCCCUGCGGUGCUGUGAAGAGGGUGGGAAGGGAGAAAGAGGGGAGUUGAGGCAGUCGACUGUGUUCGGUUUUAUUUAUUUUUUUUAAUCUUUUUUUUUCCUCCCUCCAAGCCUGCCAGUCUCUGAAGUUAGAACAAUAGGCAGUAUGGUAUGUUCGUGCCUAAUCAUGUUGUGAUUCCCCUCUUCGUAGUGGGAUGGAAUGUUCUGCCCCCACAAGAAGGAGUAUACUUUAUAUAUAGACUUGUCUUGUUUAGAUUCUAUAAUUGCCCACUGUACUGAGAUUCAUAUUAAAAUCCAUGUAUUUUUGUUAUGUAUCUUCUGGGGAAAAAACCACAAUGUGAAACAUUAAAAGGUAUUAAUAUCCA